AUGUCUAGUGUUGAACCAAGUGCACAAGAGAAUGGGUCUACGCCAGUAAUAGACAACCAGCCAACUACAGAGACUCAACCACAAGAAUCGAAACCAAACUUGGUUGAUGUUGAACAAUUACAAAAGGAGUUUCAAGAGAAAGCUCGUAAAUACUUGGUUGACCAAACACAACAUGUUAUCAUCCCGUCAUUUGCCAAAUGGUUCAAUUUAAACAAGAUCCAUCCAUUAGAAAAGAAAUCCUUCCCCGAUUUCUUUAGUGAGGAUUCCAUAUACAAGACACCGAAAUCAUACAAGUAUAUUCGAGAUUUCAUUGUAAACACAUUCAGAUUAAAUCCCAAGGAAUAUUUAACCAUUACUGCAAUUCGAAGAAAUUUGGCUGGUGAUGUAACAAAUAUUAUCCGAAUUCAUCAAUUCUUGGAAAAAUGGGGGUUGAUCAAUUACCAGAUUGAUCCAAAGACUAAAUCAACUAUAUUGGGACCUCAGUAUACGGGACAUUUUCAAAUUACAUUGGAUGCACCUGAUGGGUUGGUUCCGUAUGUACCAGAGGAUGCAAAAGUCAUUGAUCAAAAAGCUGCCGCUGAUGAGACGACUGUCAAUGCGUCACAACAAGGAUCUAUUUCCACAAUCAAGAAGGAGCCAUUGGAUGCCCCAUUGUCAUUGAAUAUGGAAAUCAGAAGAAAUGUAUACUCCACAGGAGAAACCAAAUUUGAAUUCAAACCUCAACAUAAAGUUUCUUAUUCAUGUAGCAUCUGCGGCAAAGAUGCAACUGAAGUGAGGUACCACAAUUUAAAGCUUAAAUCAUAUUCAUACAACCCCAACUCCACCAUCAAUAACGCCAGUAUAUUGUGUUCAAUAUGUUAUGAUCAAGGUUUAUUCCCGCUGAAUUUCGCAUCAUCUGAUUUUGUCCAAUUCAAACAAGUGGCAGAAGAAGCCAAUGAUUUAUGGACUGAACAAGAGAUUUUAUUAUUGUUGGAAGGUAUUGAAAUGUUUGGCACUUUUGAAUCAACAAAUAACAAUUUAAUCACUGCUGGAUCUAAUAUCAAUGUUAAUGUUCAAAACCAAUGGAACAAGAUUGCCGAACAUGUAGUUACAAAGACCAAGGAGCAGUGUUUGAAGAAAUUUAUACAGUUGCCCAUUGAAGAUAAGUUUUUACACAAAUUGAUAGCUCCUGGAGAUCUGUUGCGACUGAAUGGUGGUAGUGCUGCUGGUGACAAGUUGGAUAAAUUGACUCUAGUUGAGGAAAUUGUUGCCAAACUAAUCCAAUCCAACAAUGGACAAGAGUUACUUCAAUCCAAUGCCACCGAGUACAAAUCACAAGCCAAUGAAGAGCAAUUAUCCCUCAUUAACCAAAUUAUUGACCUCACUGUCGAAAAAGUCAAUUUAAAACUAAGCAAAGUUGAUCAAUUACAACAACAAUUGAUUUCCAUUACCAAUCAAUUGGAGUCAGAACGUCAGUCUUUACAAUUGAAUCGAUGGGUGCAAUUGAACAAAGUGGCAAAGUUGAAACAAGAGAGACCAGAAUUGAGUGAUAUAUUGUCUGAUUUAAUGAAACCAGUUAAAAUCAGUGAUGUUAAUUCUGAAACCAGUAAAGGCAGUACUGGUGAAGAUGGGGGAGAUGGCGACAAGGCCAAUGAAGAGAAUGCAAUGGAUGUGGAUCGUGCAGAAGGUAGUGGUGAUAAAGAUGGUGUUGAUUCUGGGCCUAUAAGUAUUGCAAAACCAAAAGAAUACCAAUUCUGGUCCGGCUAG